AUGACUCUACUGUUUAGGCUCGGAUCAGCCAAGGAAGUGGCCUUUCCUCAACAAAUAGUCUUUAACCAGAUAGCACUUCGACUAAGUGAUAUGUUGAUAAGCUCCUUAGAAUUUAAAUAUCAACAUCAACAUGCCACAAAUGAUCCUCAGAGGUUACAGGAAGAGAAGGCUUUUAUCAAGAAAGUGUAUGCAGAGCUUGAUGAGGAGAAAAAGAAGACCCUGAAAAGACAAAAGAAGAUUGAAGAUAAGAUGACAUCCUUAAAGGAGAAGCAGGAGAAAAUUAAGAAAGAGUUGGAGCAAUUGAAGCCAAAAUCUUUGCAACUAGCAACAACAUUAAAGAAGAUUAACAUCAAGAGAACUAGCUUAUACACUGAUUUGACUCGCAUUGAUGACGAGUUGAAACCCUUAUUAGACCAAACGCCAUACCUAGAGAUAGACUUCCAAAGGGAAUGGGAACAAAUAAGAGCUUCCAUUGAACAAACUAUGGCAUCAAUACAUUUUCCUUCAAUUGAAUCAUCACGUCCUGAUGUAGUCGAGCAACAGAUAGCUCAUAUAGUCGAGAAAUCAGAGACAGCCUUGGCUGAGCAACCAAAGGUUCCUCAAGUUGGAGAAGUGGCAAUUGAAGAAAACAGGCUGGAAGAUAUUUCCACUGUUUCACGUCCUUCUCUUCACCAAGAUGAACCAUCACGUCCUGAUGUAGUCGAGCAACAGAUAGUUCAUAUAGUCGAGAACUCGAAGACAACCUUGAUUGAGCAUCCAGAGGUUCCUCAAGUUGGAGAAGUGGCAAUUGAAGAAAGCAGGCUGGAAGAUAUCUCCACUGUUUCACGUCCUUCUCUUCACCAAGAUGAACCAUCACGUCCUGAUGUAGUCGAGCAACAGAUAGUUCAUAUAGUCGAGAACUCGAAGACAACCUUGAUUGAGCAUCCAGAGGUUCCUCAAGUUGGAGAAGUGGCAAUUGAAGAAAGCAGGCUGGAAGAUAUCUCCACUGUUUCACGUCCUUCUCUUCACCAAGAUGAACCAUCACGUCCUGAUGUAGUCGAGCAACAGAUAGUUCAUGUAGUCGAGAACUCAGAGACAACCUUGAUUGAGCAUCUAGAGGUUCCUCAAGUUGGAGAAGUAGCAAUUGAAGAAAACAGGCUAGAAGAUAUCUCCACUGUUUCACGUCCUUCUCUUCACCAAGAUGAACCAUCACGUCCUGAUGUAGUCGAGCAACAGAUAGUUCAUGCAGUCGAGAACUCAGAGACAACCUUGAUUGAGCAUCUAGAGGUUCCUCAAGUUGGAGAAGUAGCAAUUGAAGAAAACAGGCUGGAAGAUAUCUCCACUGUUUCACGUCCUUCUCUUCACCAAGAUGAACCAUCACGUCCUGAUGUAGUCGAGCAACAGAUAGUUCAUAUAGUCGAGAACUCAGAGACAACCUUGAUUGAGCAUCUAGAGGUUCCUCAAGUUGGAGAAGUAGCAAUUGAAGAAAACAGGCUAGAAGAUAUCUCCACUGUUUCAAUUCCUUCUCUUCACCAAGAUGAACUAUCACGUCUUGAUGUAGUCGAGCAACAGAUAGUUCAUAUAGUCGAGAACUCAGAGACAACCUUGAUUGAGCAUCCAGAGGUUCCUCAAGUUCGAGAAGUAGCAAUUGAAGAAAACAGGCUCGAAGAUAUCUCCACUGUUUCAAGUCCUUCUCUUCACCAAGAUGAAUAA